AUGGAUUUCCUAGCACAUCACGGCCUCACUGUCGACACAAGCGAACGCCUUCUUCUCGACAGCAUCAACUCUGCCAAUGGAUUAGCCACUGUCGCUGUGUCAAUAAUCCCCGUCUUAAACAACGGUGUACACUUUGGGUUACAACGCUUGUUAGAUGUUUCUGCAAUUUUGCCACCGGUCACCGCACCGGUGACCCAUACCAUCGUCACACGCGGUCCACCCGUACAUUGCCGCGCACGUCGUUUAGUUCCGGAUAAGUUGCCUUUGACCAAACGAGAGUUCGACGUUAUGCUCAGGGCGGGUAUAAUACACCCUUCAUUGCAGAUGGGUCCAGCAAUAACCGAAUUUUACCGGACAGACCUUGAACUGAGCGUGUACAUCGACGGAACGAUCCUAACAAUGCACGCGGUGCAGAAAACUCGUGUGCGAUUCUCAUACACGAAGUGCCACAGCUCCUCGAAGCCGACAAAUCCAAUUGUCGAAAAAAAUGAUUUUUGCGAAGGGCGCUUCAUUCAAUAA